UUUGGAUCUGUCCACCAUCAACACUGUCAAGCGACACACCCCAACGCGACGUCCCUACAUAUCGAUUUUAGUAUGACUUUUCCGGCGAAACACAUAUUCUCCCAAAGCGCGGACAUGGAAAGGGCAACAAAUACAUCGCCAGACAGAAAGGAUACCCCGCUGUAUGCACAAAUACGCUUACCCGUAGGAAACCGCAAACCGCUGGGCUCAGUACGCAACGUUGACCUCAGGAGACUGCUCAGCAACGAAAUCACUCUAACAAAGUCCAUGCCAGAUGACUUGGAACCCGCCCGGCGAAUUGUAUCGGAUCCUCUACCUGCGCGGCCAUCCACUUUCUCUCGUGAUUCGCCAGCUGCCUCGUCGUCAAGCCGCAAAUUUGGUACUAAUGUAUCCUCCAUGACCCGGCUGGAAUCGGAGGCAUGCGAACUCUUCUCUGGUUCUCAGACUCGACCAAGAACUUAUUCAACAACACGCGCCUUACGUCCCUUAUGUGAACCCGGCUCGGACAUGAUUCUAAUGGACCAUUCACCUCUAGAAAAUGACACAAACGUCCAACCAGCAAUGCACAACCCUCAAAAGUUAGCGACAGAUACUAACCCAAUCUCUAUUGGAACGACUCGUCCAGCUGCCUUCAGUACCUCUAUUCUCAAUCAGAGAUCUCAUAAGACGGUCCAUGGCCAAGUGACCAUCCUUCCUUCUCGUUCAUUACUUGUUGAUUUCAGAGAAGGAGAAAGGCGGAGAGGCAUGGCUGGCGACGAAGUACUUAUCAUCAGUCCUGACGGCACACAGAUCAAAGUUUUCAGUGCGCCUCACUUGAGCACUCCGUGUUGUCUAGCGGAGCCUAUUGCUGAAUUCUAUAUUGAUCAAUUACCCCAAAAGUACUGGAAACAAUAUAACGAUGCCGGCCUACUCAUCGAUAGAAUCAAACAACGAUCACCGAAGCUCGUUUUGCAUGAUCCAGACGUAAAAUACACUCUUAUGUCCAAUGAACCUGUCGCAGAUGUCGAACUUCUUUUCUUUUCACCUGCUAUUCUCUCAGAGGCGAACACAACAAACAAGGGCGACGUUGCUGAUCCUGCCCGAAUGCGAAUCAGGUUAUCACGAAAGACUCGGUCAAUGGAAAUAGCGGUAUGCAAGUCUGAUACGCACUCUAAAGAGUGGAAGAAGGAGACAUUCCAAACGGCAGGGUUCGAUUACUCCAUUCCACCCUCGGAUUUUGAAGAUUUGGACCAAGAUGAGCGAAAAGGACUGGAUCUACUGGCGAAAUUCCUACAUCUUUGCGAUACCUACGAAAGUCUUGCGAGCGAGUCGCUGAUUACAACUCAAAGCAGGCGAGAUCUUGUGCGUGGCCGCCGCCUGAACGCUGUGGGAGUCUCUUGCAGCGAGGGGAACCGCUUGGAAAGGACAGGAUCGACUGCGCGACAAGGAAAUUAUACGCGGACUUUGGCCUCUUCCUCUUCCUUGACUACCAACAGAGGUUUUGCUGUUCCUCCACGCCCGCCGAAAAUUCCUCUUACGACUUCUGUGUCUCGCUGCGCCCAAAAAACGACGCAUAUUAAGGAAAAAGAAAAUCUCGAUCCAUCAAAAAAUCCUUUUGACAGCCUAGUGACGAACUUUGCGAUGGUCGAUGAUACUAUGCGGCAAGGUUUAAGCUGCGCCUCUCAAACCUCAAGAGUCGAGUCCCGAUUCAUACCUUCUGUGGGAUGGUGUGUCAGACAGGGUUCCCGUGUAUCUCAAGGCGGCCAUUACAAGAUCAUGUUCAUAGACGGCGCCGCCUUGGAUGUUGACGUUGAUGAAGAAUGGGCUGAACUUCGUGAUAAGUUGGGCCAUGUGAUGCGGUAUCACAUAGCCGAUGGCCGUAUUGAGCGCACAGUCGGUGAUAGGAUGAAGGUGUUCAAAGAAGCAAUCAUGUGGGUGUCAUUACUACAUAAUCGAUGCCAAUCGAGGUCGCCCUUGCGGGUUUUUACGGGUCGUUAGGCCGACUGUGGGGUCUGCGAGGGACCAGACUUUUAAGUCCAAGGAUGCGUAGCUGUGCUUCUCCCCCCGAGGUGCCCUCAUUAGCCUCGCAAUUUGUUGCGGAUAGGUUGCCGAAUUUCAGAGCGGUGCCAGAAAAAUAUUUUUUGUGGGACAAGAUUUCCACUUCCUGAUACUUGGAUCGGAACAUCACCAUCAAUAUUAUAAGUACCUCACGAUUCAUUCGCAUCAGUUAGCUCCGACUGCCACGACACUAGUUCCGGUUGUAGGGAGGUAGCAAAUUACCAGGCU